GCCAUCCCCAGUAGAAGACCCCUCUCUCUCUCUCUCUCUUCCUCUACCAUUUGCCCUUUAUCUCUCUCUACUUUUUCUCUCUCUAUCUCUGGUUCGUUGACCUAGAGCUUUCUCUUCGGAGAAGCCAGAAUCGUGCUUCCAAGUUCUAGAUCUGUUCAUUUCCGGCCCCGAUUUGGAGAAUCCAAGAUCUAGCGGAAAUCUCAACAACAACGUUGUUUCAACCCCCGAUCUGCAGUUACCAAUCUCAGGUUUUUGAGGUUUAAAGGCUUGUAAACUCUUUUUUCAUGUCUGGAUAUGUUAUCUUGGAUCUGUUAUAGGUUUUGAGGGAGAAAAUCGGUUGUCGAUCUGGAGUUUAGUGCCGUUUUUGAGGUUUUGAGUGCUUUAGGGCUAUUGUUUAGAGAUCUGGGUUUGUUAGUAUUAAUCAUCAGUGUGUUGCUUGAUUUGGUGAAUUGGAAAUGUCGAUUUUAACAAAAGGCGAUGGCGAUUCGAUUCAAAUCAGAGAAGUAUGGAACGAUAAUCUGGAAGAGGAAUUCGCUUUAAUCCGUGAAAUUGUCGACAAGUACAACUAUGUCGCCAUGGAUACCGAGUUCCCCGGCGUUGUUCUUCGCCCUGUGGGGAACUUCAAGAACAUUAAUGACUAUAACUACCAGACUCUGAAAGACAACGUUGACAUGUUGAAACUGAUUCAACUGGGUCUCACUUUCUCCGACGAGAAUGGGAACCUUCCAACUUGCGGAACUGAUAAGUUCUGCAUUUGGCAGUUCAAUUUCCGCGAGUUUAACAUAAGCGAAGACAUAUUCGCCAGCGAUUCAAUUGAAUUGUUGCGCCAGUGUGGGAUCGAUUUCAAGAAGAACAACGAGAAGGGCAUUGAUGUGAACCGUUUUGGCGAGCUCCUGAUGUCAUCCGGGAUUGUUUUGAAUGAUGGUGUGCAUUGGGUCACAUUCCAUAGUGGGUAUGAUUUUGGGUACUUGCUCAAGCUGUUGACAUGCCAGAGUUUGCCUGACACACAAGCAGGUUUCUUUGAUCUGAUCAAUGUGUACUUUCCCAUGGUUUAUGACAUUAAGCAUCUGAUGAAGUUUUGCAAUAGCCUCCAUGGCGGGUUGAACAAGCUUGCGGAGUUGUUGGAAGUGGAAAGAGUGGGGGUUUGCCAUCAAGCGGGCUCUGAUAGUUUGCUCACGUCGUGCACUUUCAGGAAAUUGAGGGAUACCUUUUUCAAUGGAUCCACUGAGAAGUAUGCAGGUGUUCUGUAUGGUCUUGGUGUUGAAAAUGGACAGACUACUAAUUGAAAGAGAAAUAAUUUGGCAAAAAGCAUUGAUGAAUAUUUGUAGACUAUUUGAGUGUGAGGCAUUUAGUUCUCUUUGUACACUUUGGCAAAUGAAAUCGUUGUGUUAGUUUUUAACCUUUUUCUUCGUUUCUUUUGUUGUAACCGAAACCUUAACUGGUUCCGUAGCUUCGAGUUUCUUGUAAAUUAUAUUAGUGUUUCAAUAAAAAGGUUUAUGAUGUUGUCUUA